AACAGUGAGUGUUUGACGUCAUGCGAAUGAUGAUUAUUUAGCGAUUGUAUUUAGUUUUUGUGAAGUUUAUAGGGACGAAUAUUUAUGAAUCUAGUGAAAUUACAAAAAUGGAGACUGAUUGGAUGAUAGAAGACACGACGACGCCUAAGCAGGUGACAUCGCUGACAUCGCUGGACACCGGCGUCAAGCCAGCGCCGAGCGGCGCCGCCUACGUGGCGGAGAGAAAUACCUGUUUAAACUUAUUCACGAAAUGGAACGAAACCGAUCAGGUGGAGUUUGUGGAGCAGCUGCUGGCGCGUAUGUGCCACUAUCAGCAUGGACAUAUCAACGCAUAUCUCAAGCCCAUGCUGCAGAGGGAUUUUAUCAGCAUGCUGCCAAAAAAAGGCCUAGACCAUGUGGCGGAGAACAUACUGUCGUACCUGGACGCGAGCUCGCUGUGCGCCGCCGAGCUGGUCUGCCGCGAGUGGCAGCGGGUGAUAUCCGAGGGGAUGCUGUGGAAGAAGCUGGUGGAGCGGAAGGUCAGGACGGACUCGCUGUGGCGGGGCCUGGCUGAGAGGCGCGGCUGGAUAAUGUACUUGUUCAAACCGAAACCGGGCUGCCAGCACCCGUCGCACUCGUUCUACAGACAGCUCUACCCGAAAAUAAUACAGGAUAUACAAUCGAUAGAGGACAAUUGGAGAAUGGGCAGGCAUAAUUUACAAAGGAUAAACUGCAGAUCGGAGAAUUCGAAGGGCGUAUACUGUUUGCAAUAUGACGACAAUAAAAUUGUAUCCGGCUUAAGAGACAACACGAUCAAAAUAUGGGACAGGAAGACGUUGCAGUGCGUCAAGGAGCUGCAGGGGCACACGGGCUCGGUGCUCUGCCUGCAGUACGACGAGCGCGCGAUCAUAUCCGGCUCGUCGGACAGCACGGUGCGCGUGUGGGACGUCGCCACCGGCGCCAUGCUCAACACGCUGAUACACCACUGCGAGGCGGUGCUGCACCUGCGCUUCUGCAACGGCAUGAUGGUCACGUGCAGCAAGGACAGAUCGAUAGCGGUGUGGGACAUGACGUCGACGACGGAGAUAAUGCUGCGUCGCGUGCUCGUCGGCCACCGGGCGGCGGUCAACGUGGUGGACUUCGACGAGAAGUACAUAGUCAGCGCGAGCGGGGACAGGACCAUUAAGGUGUGGAACACGUCCUCGUGCGAGUUCGUGCGCACGCUGAACGGGCACAAGCGCGGCAUCGCCUGCCUGCAGUACCGCGACCGGCUCGUCGUGUCCGGCUCGUCGGACAACACGAUCCGCCUGUGGGACAUCGAGUGCGGCCAGUGCAUACGCGUGCUCGAGGGCCACGAGGAGCUCGUGCGGUGCAUACGGUUCGACAACAAGCGGAUAGUGAGCGGCGCGUACGACGGCAAGAUCAAGGUGUGGGACCUGCGCGCCGCGCUCGACGUGCGCACGCCGCACCAGGACCUCUGCCUGCGCACGCUGGUGGAGCACACGGGCCGCGUGUUCCGGCUGCAGUUCGACGAGUUCCAGAUCGUCUCGUCGUCGCACGACGACACGAUACUCGUGUGGGACUUCCUCAACUACGCGGGCGCGUCGCCGGCGCCGGCGCAGCCGCAGCCGCAGCCGCGCUGGGCCUCGCCCGAGCAGGACCGCGCCUUCUACGACUAGAUUUUAAUAGAAAACCGAUUUUGGACAUCACUAGUGUGUAACGCGUUUGAAUGUGGUCCGGCAGUGACUGUACAGUGACCCGUGUUACCAGUGUAGGGAUUUGUGAUUCCGUGCGGCGAUACAGUGGUUCAGUGUUGCUAGUAUCGUGUGUGGAGUGGUGAUAUAGUGUUGUGAUUGCGUUCGCUGGUAACUGUGUUACCAGUGCGGGGAAUUUAUUUAUGAUUAUGGUUGGAUGUUGUGAAAAUUCAAAGUGUUGUACGGAAAAUACGCUUGCAGUAUAACGAUCGAUGUUGUAACGGACAUGUUUAUGUCGCCAGGGCGAAGAUUUGAGGUUUGCGAUUCCACAUUUUCAUGACAAUAGUGUUACCAGAUGGAAAAAUUUUAAAUCUCAUUCGGGGGACUGUUAUUUAUUCGUUUUUUGUUUAUUGUUUAAGAGUAAAGUGAUUUCGCAUAUUGAUAUUUUGUGUAAAUAAAGUGCGGGGUAGUUGUGUUUUGUGUUUUCGAAUUGUUUGCACUGAUAAUUAAUUCAGACUAGGGAAAAGC